GUACUGCACAAGCAUAGAUUUGGGGGUUGGAGGGGGGGGACCCUGUCCGAGUUAUUGGUUGGGUACGGGGCAACCUGCUGGUUGUUCUAGAAGCCGGGGUGGGCAGGGAUAGGCAAAAACAGAUAGGCAGCGAGGGAGAGAGAAGAGCAGCUGAGAGGUAGAGACAGAGAGGCAAUGUCGAGUUGCGUUGCGUUGCCUUAUUUCUUGGCGCUGCUCUGACAAUGGUGAAUGGGUUGGGUUAGGUUGCCUGAAUGGUGGCAGUGGCCGCAGCAGGAGGCGGGAACCUGGCCGAGAUUCGGAUUAGGGGCCGUAUUUUAGUUGAGGCUAUGGGCUCUCUUCCCGCUCGUUCGUACUCGGCCGACCCGUGGAACUGGCUGUUUGUCGAGGCAAAAUCUGAUUCAAGGGUGGCGCUGAAGGAUCAAAAUACUGAACUGUCUUGUGACGUGUAUGUAUGUCGAGCUGCCAAUGGAAUUCUAAAGACCAGGGGAAAGAAAAGCCCGAGGAUACUUGUUAUAGAAACGAAGCAGCAGCUAGAACAGGCUGACUGGGCUGAAUGGAACCUGGCUUGGGAGGACCGGGACGAAAGGGCCGGGGGAAACACAACAGCAAGCGGCUGAUAGAUCUGCGAUCAAUCACACUUUUGCAAGAAAGGAGUUGUCGGUUUAUUUCUUGUGCGAACUAGAACAGCACAGAGGGAGGAGGCGGAGGAGGUCUGGCGCCAACUGUGAUCUUGGUUGGACCUUGGCCUGCAAAGGGGGAUGGAUGGGAGAGGUUGUUGAAUGGGAAGACUGAGG